GGAAGUUCUUGUUUCCAUAUAAGUAGCCGGUCAUAACUCCAUGACCUGCGAGAUUAUAUGCAAUCUAUUUAUGCAGAUUUUGUUUCUUUCUCGGUUCUUCUCACUGUUUGUGGGUUUGUUUUAAUUUGUCAAGAUUUUCCAUUUUCUCUGUUCUGUUCUUUUUUUUUUCUUCUAAGAUUCUGUGUAUCUCAAGAAUACGGGGCGUUGAUUUGUUUGCCAAAUGGGGAUUGGAUGGUCUAUGUAUAAAAGGGAAUGGGUUUUUUUUCUUUUUUAUUUUGUGGGUUCUCUUUAAAAUUUGCUCAGUACUACUACUAUCAAUGACUCUGAAAUGAUCUUUUGUAUGGCUGACCACAACCAUGGCUCAAGAAGACAAUGGCCAAAAGUAUAGCAAUAGUAGUAGUGGUGGUGGGGCAAGUGGCAGUGGUGGUAAUAUUGGUGGUGGUAGUACUAGCGGUAGAUCUCAGAAGAAGAUGAAACAGAAGAAGGUCCCACAAAGAGGGUUAGGUGUUGCCCAGCUCGAGAAGAUUAGAUUGGAGGAACAGCAGAAAAAAGGGGUAGUUUUACAAGCUGCCGAUGUAUUGCCACCUAAUCAGAUUAUAUCGCCUAGUAAUUCUUCUCCAUGUUUAGCUGCUCAAUGUCCCGCAUUUAGGCCUAGUUUUUCUUCUUGUCAUUCAGUGCCUUUGCCACCGCCAUCACCCGGUGAUCUUCCUUCGCCGAAUUCUUUGUUUAGGCCAACCCCAUCAAUCCCAAGUGUUGAUAUUAUGCAUACAAACUCUGUUCCACUGUCGAAACCGUUCAACGUUGAAGGAGGAGGUGAGAUAGGAUGGUCCGCUGUCCCUGCUCUGCCUAAAGUGUGGAACGGUGAAUUUAGUACUGAUGGGGAGAGUCAGAGGUUGGAUCAUCUUGGAUUCGCGUACCGGUCCAAUGCGAAUUUGCCUUUUGAUUCCAGCAAUCCCACUCCCUUUUUGUCCCUCCCAAAUGUGUUGCAAAGAUCACAACAAUUUCAGCCACCAUCUUCUUCAUCGAUGGUGAAUAUCUCAUCAGCGAUUUCAUCUCCACCUAUACUGAAUUUCCAGAUGGAGCCCCCUUCAAACCAAAAUUUUUGUGCGAGCAACUACACACCUUUGUGGCCAGAUGAAGAGAAGAUGAUUGGCAUGAAGAGGCCAUAUCCCUUCCCUAUGGAAACUCCACCAGCCCCUGCUUUUCACUUCAAAUAUCCUCCUUGCUACGUUGCUCCCAUACCACGAUUAGAUGAACCUGCUUCAUGCAGCAACAGGUGCACUGCCACUACUGAACCAGAAUUUCCAGUUACCAGUUUCAGAGAAGGCCCUUCAAGAUCAAGCACCCAGGCUGAAGCAACCCAUAAGGAAGUGAACAUCAGACAAAAUGGAGGCCUGGAUGGAGAUUUUCUUACAUUGGCGCCUCCAGCAGCUGCUGCCCCAAAUUUGAAUUCACAGUACAGGCAUUUUUUAUCGAAUUCAGGGCCCCAGAGCUUAUCUGAAUUUGGAUCUCAGCCAAGUCAAGGAAGCAGUGACGAUACCAUCCAAGGCCAAGGGUCAAGCAAAUCGAUGCGGCCGCCUUUCUUUAGCUUCUUCCCUGCAGCUAAGAAGCAGGUUGGCCAGGUGGCAACCCCAGCAGACAACUGCAAUGGUGAUGUAGGAGAAAAUGUUGAUCUUAGUUUGAGGCUAUAGACGCCAUCCCCGGUUUUUGGCUGAAUCGCAACUGUAGGCCAUUUUGCCCUGCUCUGCUCUUUGAUAUGGCUAUUCAUUUCUUGCAGCGAUUGUUAGUGCCUUGUUGAUGGAUCACCUGGUACAGAAGAAAUCUACUCUUCCAAGUGGUAA